AUGUGGCUGGCGACUCGGCCAUCUUCGCCGUCGACCUGCCCAGAGUCGUAUCGAAGAGCUCCUUGCAUGGCCGCCGUCUUCCUUACGUCUGUCUCUCCUUGCCCAUUGUCGCGGUCAUGAAAUCGCAGUCGCUGCGCGACAAUGAGAGUUGGUCACGCUCAACCCUAGCUGGAGUAAAGACAAACAUACAACGCGCGCGUUCGCGCCCCCAUCUAAUCCCGCCCAGAGGACUAUAUCUGUAACCACAGGAUCACAAUAGCUGCUGACGGAGCCGCAUUUUUGAUUUAUCAGGUCUUCUUUUGGAGCCUGGUUCCCCGCAUUCUGCGUAGUGUUUGCCAGAUCACACCGCAGGACGGUUUCCAGCUGCAUCUAGACAUUCCGUGACGUACUUCUAGAUCCGAAAGCCCCGCCGUCAGGUCAAAGUCAUCAUGGUAACCACCCGCGCUUCAUCUCGCGAGUCAACCCCCGGCGCUGGUCCAACGUACUCUGAGCGUCUUCGCACCUCAGCGCGCCGUUCGACCAUCACGCCUGGCGACAUGAGCACCCCAAGUGGGAGGUCUCGAGCAAGGAGGACCGGGCCCACCGCAGCUGCCCGCACCGGCAACACCAGUCAUGCGUACGGAGUCAGCAGCCAAGCGCUUUCUUCACGGGUCGCUAGUCACACGAGUCAAGCCUUCUCUUCCGCUCUGAACAACGAAUUGGUCGAGCAGGCGCCAGAGCUUACCUCGAUUCUAUCACCCGUCGUUGAGGAGGAGCGAUCGCUGAGUCGCGCAGGCAGUCCUGCUGCUAGCGAGGCCUCUUCAUCCUUCUUCGCAAGCGAUGCCGGCGCCAACAAAGAUGAAAUCUUCCACAGCAAGAGUUUCUCAAGCCAGCGAGAGGCUGGUAUCGGCCACUUGGCUCAGCCAGUACACCAGCCGACCACUCACGAGCGACUUAAUCCGGCUCCUAUCCUUCACGAGCGUAUCUAUGCAGCAGCUGUUCUCGCAACCAAUGGCAGCAAGGAGCUCUUUAAUAGGUACUGGAAACCCGCCCUCGGUCUCUUCUUAGCACUCAUCCUUGGUUCCAUGCUCGCCGUCUUUGGCAUACCCAUCGCAAGUCGCAUCCUAACUCGUGAUUCCGUCUCCCCGUCCAUCUACCACCAAAAUUCUGAUCCCCAGAUCACCUCCACAGUCGUCUCAUACAUUUCCAGGCCCUCGGAUCCUGCUGUAAUCAGCCGGCUGAACCACCUUGAAUCCCGUGUCGUUUUUCUCGAGGAUGAGCUGGCCCGUAGCCGCGCCUCAAAUGCGUUACUCCAAGCACCCUUCAACCACAUCUCCGCGAGCAUCGGCAGCACUAUACUUCCUGGUUUCACGUCCGCGACCAAGCGCACCUUCUCCAGUCUUUUCAUUCCGUUCUCCAAGUUUUGGUCUCCUCCAGGCAUGAAAGCCCCAAUUACAGCCCUGCAACCCUGGACUGAACCAGGGGAAUGCUGGUGCACGCCUGCCAAUAAAGCCGCUCUUGGGGUACGAGCACCUUAUCCGGUGAAAGCUAGUGCCGUUACCGUUGAGCAUGUCCUUGCCGACGAUCUUGCUGGAUCUGGGGCGGACCUAGGCACCGCACCGAAGCUCAUCGAGGUCUGGGCUCAUGUUUCUCCCGGGGAAGGGCAGAAGGGCGAAUGUCUGGGCUCAGCCCCAGAGAAUGUAAAUGCUUGGACUUGCCUCGGCCGCUUAGAGAUCGCACAUCACGUCCGCGAAGUUAAGUCGUGGACUAUGGACCUAGCCAUAAAUGAGCUUGUCGCUCAGGAUUUUGUUUUUAAAGUGUUGGAAAAUCUGGGUAACAAAGAAGCCACUUGUCUAUACCGCGUGCAGCUGCACGGCGUCAAGAUGUGAAUCUACGGCAUAUUUUCAGAGACAUAAAAUGAUCGCGCAUUUUGCGAAAUACGAUACACAAUUCGUAGACGUAAGAUGAGCUUUUUUUCGGACUCUUCUUUCAAUGAUAGCGUCUUACGAGCAAAUUAAAGAAUUUCGGCCUCUUAAAUUCGCAAACCACAUGCACAACCCAACCACAACGUGCAAGACUGAUUCAUUUACUAGUUCAUCCGUUCGUUUCUUUGUUGCAAGCUUAAGUGGUCAUUAUUGAUAGAAUUCGUCAAUAUUAGCUUCUGAUAUUAC